CUUCCCUCCCCCCACUAACAAUGCCAACAUGAUGUCCUUUCCGGGCAGUGGCUAUCGCUGCUGACAUUAUUCAACGCGUUGAGCGCGCCAAGUGCAGACCCACAGAAGCAACGUGCCUGAACCCGUGGUACAAACCUGAACAUCCCCCAGUAACCCACUGACCCUCCCAACCUUCCAAAACCACCCGACAAAAAGAGAGAACUUGACGGUGACGUCUUCACAAGCCGCCACCAUGCAACGUCUCCCAUUCGAACUCACAGAUGCGGUCACGUCAUACCUUUCUUUGCGCGACAUUGCAUUUCUUGGGCUGGCGAACAAACGGCUCAACGAAUAUGUGAAGUCACGGAUGGAGUCGAUUGUCCGGCGACGGUUCCUCAGUGCGCAUGUGUGGACGCGGCUGGAUUUGCGCUUGAGUCGAUCGCUUUUGGGCGCUAUUGGGGGGUUGGAUGCGGAUAUGGAGGAGGGCGAGGGGAGCAAGACAGAUUCUUUGCGAAGCCAAAUUCAGACGACAUGGAAGGGACAGCUGUGCAAACAAGCCAAGCAACUUCUGUGCCUCCCCAUCCCUCUCCCCCCUAAUGCGGGUCAACCCCGUCAAACCGAGACGAUCCACCUGAUAUCCUGGUGCGACCGAAUGCCUGCACGCUCAGGAUCCAAAAUGGUUCAAAGCGCACACCUAUACAUGGACGUGACACCACCGCUCGCAAAGCUGCUGCAUCUGGAAUCCACCACUACCUGGAAUCCACAAAUCGAGCUUUAUCACAUCUCCCAGUACCGCGCCACCCGGGCCAAGGCGGUCAUCGAGAGACUGGCGGAGCAUUUCAACCUAGUGAAACUCGUGGGGCGGGAUGACUGGACGAUGGGGGGUGUCUGGGAUGAGUUGCUGGAGUUGAGUGGGUGGGAGGAAAUUGGGAGUGUUGGGUCGUUGCGGUAUCUUGAACGGAGCGAAGAGGGCAGCUCUGAUAUCGCCCUUUCCACGGAGCGCGUCGUCUUUGAACACGACGAAAUCCUAGUUCAGGACUUUUCCUCCAUCGACUUGCUACGAGAAGCAAUCCCGCAUGUCUCCCAUGCAUGCAUCCAAGAUCUCGUCUCGACCGCCAAGCAGCGAUGCCGCGAUGUUCAAAGAACUAUUCAAUCAGUGGCCGCCAGAUGUGGAGAAGCAGGUGUGCCAUUUGACCUGGAGCGUCUUAAAACCACUGGAUAUGAAUGGAUGCAGGGAACCCACCAGCAGACUCCUGAUUUGGACCCGUGGUUCAUUCGGUAUGCUGGGAAGCAUGACAGCGUGGAAGGGCGAUUUGAGCUGAAGACAGAGGGCCUCGAAUUCCACCUCGCCUGCGAAACGACCACCGUCGAAGAGCGUGCGUCUGGAUUCAUCUCCUUCAACUGCUUCGACGCUCGAGACCCUUCCUCCGCCCCAAUAUCGCUCUUGGAGAGAUCGGGACUCGACCAAAUUCGCAAGAGGUUGAGCUUCCAUUCCGAACUCCAUGACGAUCAUAUUCCCCUGACGCUCAUGGCGUGCGCGGUGCCGCCGGAUGCGUCGAUGGGGUGGGCCAUGGAACUUUGUAUGGAGGUUCUGGAAGGACUGCGAACGUGAUGUUCUUUUGGAAACUGGUGUAUCAGAGAGUGCAUGCUGGACAUGUGCGCACUGGGACAAGUUGUGAUCGCAUUAGAAAUAGAGCGUUUGUCAUUGUUAAUAUAAGGAAUUUUGGACUUCCAUCGACGUUGGGGACGUCGUUUUCAAAA